AUGGAGUUCACGACCUGGCCGCAAGUCAACAUGAUCAAUCAGAAGAACUAUUAUACUGAGUUCUUGAAGCAAGACGACCAGGCCCUCGCUGUUCGUUUGCAGCAGGAAGAGCGCCUCAAUGCUCGCAAGAAGGCCGCCGUCGACAUCGACCGGGCACGUGCUCAGGCCGCUCAAGAUGGCGUUCCAUAUGCCGAGAGAGAUGCUGAUCUCGAUGAUGAUGUUGCUAUGGAUGAUGCCGAUGGCGAGGACUAUGGCUCAAAGACCAUAGUCAUUCAUAUUGGCAGCCAGAACAUGCGCAUUGGGCUGGCCACUGAUGCUCUACCCAAGACAAUCCCUAUGGUCAUCGCAAAGAGGUCCACUCGAUCCGAGUCUGAAGACAGUGAGCCAUUACCGAAGCGAGUCAAGCUUGACGGUCCAUCGGAGGAGUGGUUUGGUGAAGAGUUCGCAAGGGAGUAUAACACAAUGGCACAGGACUUCAAGACGAUGCGACGGCACAACAAACGCCGCGUACUGCCCAAUUCGCGAGAACUGGUCACGAAAUGGAACUCAGCUACACCUCCCGAGAUGAUACCGGAGCACAGUGAUCCAAUGCGUAUCGACUGGACAGAGCUACCGGACAAUGCGAAAGCCGCCCAGGAUCAUAUCGUUGGCCACGCUGCGCUACGCAUACCAGAAAAGUCUAAGCCCCGUUAUCGUCUCUUCUGGCCAAUCCAGCAUGGCUGGCUGAAUGAGAAGGACUAUAAUAACCGCAACAUGCUGGAGCACGACUUCUUUCUGAUUAUAGAAGACAGUAUCAGGAACGAACUCGGAUUAAAUCACAAGCGCGAGUGGGCGCAGUAUAGCUGUGUUUUCAUCAUCCCAGACUUGUAUGAGAAGGUAAUGGUCACGAGAGUGCUUGAUGAAUUACUACGCGAUUUCUCUUUCCAGCGUGUCUGCUUCAUUCAGGAGUCUUUGGCAGCGACAUUUGGCGCUGGUGUGGGAGCUGCAUGUAUGGUCGACAUGGGAGCGCAAAAGACCAGCAUCUCGUGUGUUGAAGACGGCAUGAUCAUUGAGGACUCCAGAAUAAACCUUAAAUAUGGCGGCUACGACGUGACGGAGGCGUUUGUGAGAAUGAUGUUGUUCGACCGGUUUCACUACAGCGACUUCAACUUGAUGCGAAGACACGAUUAUCUGCUUGCGGAAGAGCUCAAGGCCCAAUUUACGACUAUGAGCGAUGAAGACAUCAGUGUCAAGCUAUUCGACUUCCAUCUGAGAGCUCAUGGCCAGCAGACGAGGAAGUACAACUUCAAGAUAUAUGACGAGAGCAUGCUGGCGCCACUGGGAUUUUUCAGGCCGACGAUCUUCGACCAGUCAAGGAAGUUGAUCGGACGCCACACCAUUAUGCCACGUUCUGUGGACCUAUACAACGGACGUCCUAAUGAUCCGCUGUCAAAAGCGCAGAUUGCAGUCUACACCUUCGUCAAUCAAUUCAUACCAUCGGCAGUAUCAGCACCGCCAGCUCAGUCAGCGCAGUUUCUCUCUACGUCUACACCAGUCAGACGACCUCUCGCCUUACCCUCACACCUCAAUGGUGACACAGAUGGUACACCACGCUCUUCUCCUGCCGGCUCGCCCGCGCCCGAGGAUGGUAGCACGCCACAUCCCACAGGCGACGAUGCUAAUGGGGACGACAUCGCGGAGAUCAAAGAUAUCCAGCCAGACACCGAUGUCAUCGACCGCGCUGUACCAAUCAUGCCACUCGAGCAAGCCAUCCUGAUAUCGAUACAACACGCUGCCGGCACUGGACCAGAAAGCGAACGAAGACGUCGUGAUCUCCUCGGCAGCAUCAUGUGCAUUGGCGGCGCUUCCAAGACUCCAUAUCUUGGCGCAUAUCUCGAGAUGAGGCUACGAGCCGCGUUCCCGCAGUUUCCGCGCGAGAUUCUAGUCGUGCCUCCACCAAGAGAGUUGGAUCCUGCGGUCCUAGUGUGGAAAGGUGGUAGUGUGUUUGGCAAGCUGCGCAUGACGAACGAUAGCUGGAUUGGACGAUUGGAAUAUGAUCGGCUUGGCAGCAGAAUUCUAAACUACAAGUGUAUCUGGCAUUGGUAG